UCUAACCCGGACAAGUCGCAGUCGAAGGUGAUAGGGAAACGCGUUGAGACGUAUUUUUAUCAUAAAAUCCAGAGAAUGAGAGGCAUUCUCCUCUUAAUUGGGCUUUGCCUGGCCAUCGGCAGCUGCACUGCAUCCAUCAGUGGACCAUUUAUCCUAUGGGGCCACCCUAAGGUAUCUGGUCUGCAGUCACAGGCCUUGGUGGAUUCCAACAGCAGGGAGCUGCCUCUGACGCAACUCUUUGCGGAGGCCAGGUCCAUUGUGUUGUUUGUGAGGAACUCUACCAGUCGGUUGGAGGGCACCAAGUACCCAAUGUUCGAGAAUCUCGUCAAGAGUGGUGCCUGGACAUAUCUGCCUCAACGGAAAUUGGCCGCAGAGCCCUUUGGAAGCAAUUCCCACAUUCAGGUCGUGAGCCUCUCGGGACGCGGUGAAGACGACGAUGCCAAGAUCCUUGCGGCCUACAAUGAGGCUCUGGCCACUUAUGGACGCGGUGAGGUUCUAGGCAUCCUGGCCAGCCGCGAGGAGGAGGCACACUUCCUGAGCAAGCGCGAGGCAGCUGCUGCAGAAGGAGGAGCCGAGGAGGCAAAGUCAAAGUCAGAGGGAACUGGAGCCGAGGAGACCGAGGCCAGCUUCAUAUACGUGGCUGAGGGAAACAAGGCAGUCCUCAGUCUCAAUGGACCUCUGGAGCUGCGGCUGAGCAACGAGACUCUACGGCUGGAGGAGCACAUCAAGCAGAUUACCUUCGAUGACCAGCGCCCGAAGGGAUACGGCAGGCUGAGCAUCACAUUCAUGCCUUCGGGUGAGAAGUGCACUUUGCGCUUCAAGUUCUCGCUGGUGCGUGGAUCCUGGACACUCCGGAAUGUGGAGGUGGAGUACAGGGACCUGAAGAGCGUGCUCGUGGCACGUGGCGAUGAGUAUUCGCUGCCCUCGGCUCCCAUUGGAUUCUCCUACCGCUGCUCUGCUACCAACACCAGCUUCACGAAUCCCGUGCGGAAUGAGACCAUUCAGAGCCUGUUGCUCAGUGACUUCCAGGUGGAACCGUGGCUGAAUGGACGCACCAAGUUCGGCGAGGUCUACGACUGUGUGGGCUUCGUGACGGCCCCCAUUUUGGCGGGUUUGUUUGUGGUUACCCUGCUCCUGGGCAUCCUGGGAUUGGGUAUCUCCGCCAUGCUCAGCAUGCAUACUCCCAACAGAUUCGAGAGCACGCGCAGCAAGCAAGGAGCCAUAGCCAUGUUCGUCCAGAUCACCUAUGUGGCAUUCAAGCCUUUGGCUCUGUUUACCUUGGCCAUCGAGCUCUUCCUCAUCCACCUGCUCUUUGUGCUCAUCGUGCUCUACAUUUAUGUGCUUUGGUACUACUGACAUAGUGUGUGUAUUAUAAUACCAUAAAGAAUGUAAUCGAUGAUAAAACAAUAAACAUAAAAAAGUCAGUAAGGGACUGCUGUUAUUUAACACCAAAACAAUAAUAUUCAAUAGCAAAUAUACAAUAAUAAUCCCAGGAACUGUUUACAAUACACUCAAAAGUUAAUUACAACAAAUAGCUCCAUAUUAUAAAAGCACGGCAGUCAGCCGAUUUAAAUAAUAAUAAUAAUUUAAAUAUAAAAUCAAUUUAAUAUUGUUUGU